AAGUAAAUCAGUUAAUAUUACACAAUAGUCAGCCCCUAAUUGUCUGUAAAGUUGCAUUACUGCCUUCCUCAUCCAUUACUUAUUGUCUUUAUUUUCCGUCUAUCUCCACCCCCCAAUUAAAUGAUCCAAAAAUAUAUUUUGUUCUGUUUAUUCAAUUUUCAGUUUAUGCCUCCAGGUCUAGUCCUUCCAUCUCCAAGGGGAAGAGCUGCUUCACUCGUCCAUCAGUGUGAUUAGUCCCAUAGGUGUGUGUGUGUGUGUGUGUGUGUGUGUGUGUGGCCCAAGGUAGAGUUGACAGAUAAGAGAAACACCAUCCACUGAGGGAGCACAGAGAACAAAGGUCCACAUUUAACCAGAAUAUGCCCCUUGAUGGUUGUACAAGGCUUCAACAGUCCAGUCACUGGAGAGGGAUCAGGUGUACUGCAUGGGAGCCUUUUCAGAGUAGGUCGUGCACAUCAGCCUGACUUAGCCUCUCUAAAUAGUCCCAGAGCCCAGAAAAGAACUUGAUAUUCAGGUCCUGUAGCAGAAAAACUGCAAAAAAUCUUCCCAUUUGUGGUCCUCAAAAGGCCAUAGACAGACAGAGAGCUCGAGGCCGACAACACCCGGGGGUUCACUUCAUGUCAAACUCCAGCUUUUAUUCCACCAAUCCGGCCAUUAUUGAAUUUAUCUUCCAAGCUAUUGUCCUUUUCUGGUCAGAAAUUGGCUUUAGCAAUAGCUAAAUGUAGGCUUUUAAGAGCUUCGGGAAACUGGCCCAUUUCCACUGCCCUUACUGACAAUAGUCUUAAGUGAAUGUCUGUGUGCAGAAUAUGAACUUUGCCAUUUUAAUUUGGGCACAGCUGCCCUUUUAUUCUGCUGUGAGAGGGCGGGACCUUUAUCACGAGUGCCCUUAAGUGAGUUUGGUGUCCCGACAUGCAGAGAAUCAAGGAUCCCAGAGGAGAGACCACACAGAUACAAUAACACAAUAACAGCCCGAGGAGAACCCCGGGUGAUAUUUGUAACAUGUUUUGUCUCUGAAGGGAACUGUCUCACUCUCUGUUGGGAACAAACUUAGAAGAAAGGAUUCUAAUGAGCAACAGUGUGUUUGACAUGGCAGAGACAUAAUAUGUGUGGAGCAAGAAAGCAAAAUGGUACAACUUUCUGAAGUGCUGAGCAUGUUGCUGAACAGAUAAAGGAAAGGCAGAUUUAAACCACAACAAAAGACUACAACUGCAUACAUUUAUGGAAUCUUCAAAUAUGCUCAUCACAGUAGCUACUGGUAAAUUUGGAUCACUUAGGUAAAGCUUUGAACUUACUGACAAUUCAUGUGUGCCAUGAUGCAAAAUCACUGAUUUUCUCUCUGAACUUCGAUGUGUUAAGCAGUUUACAAACUUCAAUUUACUGCCAGAAAGGGUUUUCUAACUGUCAGACAAAGCAGCAAUCAUACUUUUAAAAUAUUGUAGACUGAAGACUUUUAGGUGAGUGUUUUGUUAUGUUGCUAAAAAUCCCUUUUUUCCUCCUCAGUGUUUACAGAAAUGGCAGUGUUAAUGUGUCAAAACCUCAUGCCGCUGUGCUUCAAAACAUCUGAACUAUCCCUUUAUACAGACGUCAGGCAUUAAAUAAAAAACUAUGGUUUGUCAUUGAGAGAUAAAUUGCUAGUUUCACCUCUCAUCCUUCCAUCAGAUUCCCGCGUCUCUGCAGUCGACAACAUGGAGAAAAACGUGUCUUCAACCCUCAACAUGACUUCAUUUCCGACCCAGCUCCCUCUCAAUACCACGGGUGAAAUCAAUGCCACAGCAAAACCCUUCAGCGUGUUUGAUGGGUGUGAUGACCUGCACGAGGGCAUUCUCUUUGACUUGACCCUGCAGUGCAUCAAUGUGUUUGUGGGAAUCCCCGCCAACGUGCUUGUCCUCGCCGUCCUCAUACGCAAUCGCAAAGAACCCUCCACUUCAGACAUAUUCCUGGGCGGCCUGGCCUUCAUGGAUGCCUACUUCAGCUGCAUACCCCCUAUUAUAUUAUUGAACCUCUACCUCUGGAAGAGCAAAGGAGUGUGGUCCGCCAUUAAGUUCUCCUACGGUGUGAAAGACACCAGCGGGCCCUUGUUUCUUUCCUGCAUCUGCCUCGAUCGAUUUAUAGCUGUGGUCUUUCCAAUUCAGUUUGGGCAGCUCAAACACAUUAAGUACAGGGUAAGCCUCUCAGUGGUGGUUCUCUGCCUCACCUUUGCCUAUUCAGCGGCCAAGACAGUGGGAGGCCUCCCCAACUUUGAGAAGGUGUUCACAGGUGAGAUCCUGGCAACAUUUACUUGGAUGGUUGUGUGUAACGUGAGCAUCCUGUACACCCUGAAAAGGUCCCGAGGUGCAGGGAAAGAUGAGAUGCACCCUAUGAAGAAGAAAGCCUUUAAGAUGGUGCUCUCUAUCCUUUGCAUCAUCGUGUUUAACUACCUGCCUCCUGUGGCACUCUUCCCGUUUGAAGACUACUACUCCCCUGAUGCGUUUCGCUGCUACGUGCAGCCUGUCGGCUUCGCCUUCCUCAACAUCAGUAGCACGAUCCAGCCGCUUGUUUACCUGUGUCGUCUGGAGAAAGUGCCGUUCCUCCCCGACAGCUGGGCUAAGAAGUGUUCUUCCUGUUUUGCCCGUGAAAGUAACAAAAGCCCACCAGCACAAAACCCAACGGCUUGAGAUAAACUUCAGAAUGUCACGACACUGAAUCGAGCGGUUGCUGAGUCCACUUGUCGCUAAAGAUGAGCUAAAACUGUAAAACUAUCUGUGAAUGAAUGUUUAUUUUAAUCACUGAUUCUAAGCCUCUUUACUUUUGUCAUGUGUAUUGUAAUUAUCUAACUAUUCUGAAUAUUGCUAUCAGAACACUUCUUUGCACAAAAUAUUAUAUGAAUGUAUAACUUGAAGUUUUGCCCAAAGAUUAAAGAAUUUUUUUUAUUAUUCAAUUGAUUAAAAACUGAUAAAUAAAUGUCUCAACAUUAUAUUCUAUUCAUAUAAUUAGACUUUUCUUUUGUACGGGUUGUAAAACCAUGCUGUCAUCAGAUCAAAACAUUUGUGAGGCUUUGGCACCAUCAUGUGUACAAGAGAAAAACAAACUCUACCAUUCAUAAACCCUGUCUGAGUGUGUGCCUGUGUACAAGAACCAAUUGUCUUUGUGAGGGCUAUCUUUGUGAGGACAUUUUAGCUGGUCUACACUGGCUUUUUAAAGGAUUAAGACCUGGUUUUAGGGUUAGGGUCAGAAUACGGUUUAGGUUAUUGUUAGGGUAAGGAUUAGGGUUAGCAUUUAGUUUGGGUUAGGGUUAGGGUAAAGGGGUAGGGAAUGCAAAACCAGUGUGCGUGUGUAAGAAAGAAAGGGAGGAUUUGGAGGAGCCAUAAUGGUAACUUUUGUGUGAAUGUUACUAUUACAGUUAUUGUAGAUUUGGGGGAAAUGUACUUUUUGGCUUUCUUGACACAAGUCAGAUAAGAAUAUCAACAUAUUGCAGAUACAGUCACUUACUGUAUGUUAGCUUAGCUUAAAGACUGGAAACUGGAGGAAAAGGCUAAUGCAGAUCUCUCCGACUUUGACAUUCAACAACUUCCAGCAACAUCUCUGUUGAUAAAUCUGCACUGAAACAUCAGUGUAAAAAAAAAAAAAAAAAGGUUAUUCAUUGGAUAUGUUGCGAGGCAUUCACUGGAGGUUUAUGAAAUGUUAUGUCCUGACUAAGACAACCAGUCUUGUAAGGCAGAAGACAGGAUGGCA